ACUUACUUCCCCCACACCAUUGAAAAGAGCGAGUCUUUAUUAUUGAAUUUUCUUUCUCAUUGUUCAUUAAACUUAGUUCGCAUUUCUUGAUAAUGGAAUAAGAUACUACAUUUAUAUAUAAAAUUUUUAUUUUUCUCCCUUUCUUCUGUUGUUUUCCUCCCUUUUCUUAACCAUCAAAGUGAGUGUUUUCCUUUUUUUUUUUUUUAUUCUGGACACAAACGGGAAAUUAGUUUCAACUUAGCCUAAAGCUUUGUAUAUCUGUUAAUGAUCAUUGUCAGUUGCUUUCUGCACCCAUUAUCCUCGGGUUUUCAAGCUUCAUAGCUACCCAAAACACCAUCUUUUAGGUCUUAGCUAUUGAAGUUUUUAGCUUUUUUUUUAAGAACAAAAAUAAGCGGGUUUUGAGCUCUGGGUUGUUUCUGGUCAAGGAAACUUGGGGUAGUAAUGAGACAAACCCAUCUGGGUUUGCUGUUCUGGGGAAAAACUACCAUGAACUUGAGCUCCAACACAUGUUUUUAUUGAAAUGCUUUGGUUGGAAUAUUCCAUAGGAUUUUAUUGGAGCUGGUGUUGGUGAAUUAAGAGUCAGCAAUCAGAGUAAGAAUCAAUUUGCAUCUGAUCUGAUUGGGCUGGGGUAGGUUAUACGUAUAGAUAUCUUGCAAAUGGCUACUGAGGUUCAAAAUCAAGAGAGACUGCCAGAGAACCUGAAGAAACAGCUUGCUCUUGCUGUGAGAAAUAUUCAGUGGAGUUAUGCAAUUUUCUGGUCCAUUUCGGCUAGACAGCCAGGGGUGUUGGAAUGGGGUGAUGGUUAUUACAAUGGAGAUAUAAAGACAAGGAAAACAGUUCAAGCUGUAGAACUGAACGCCAACCAACUGGGUUUGCAGAGAAGUGAGCAACUGAGAGAACUUUAUGAGUCCCUCUCGGCUGGUGACAGCAGUCCUCAGGCUAGAAGACCUUCGGCAGCAUUAUCUCCAGAAGAUCUUACAGAUACUGAGUGGUAUUACUUGGUUUGUAUGUCAUUUGUAUUCAACAUUGGCCAAGGAUUGCCAGGAAGAACAUUGGCCAGUGGUCAACCUAUUUGGAUUUGCAAUGCUCAUUAUGCAGAGAGCAAAGUGUUUAGUCGAUCACUGCUAGCAAAGAGUGCAUCUAUUCAGACUGUAGUAUGCUUUCCAUUUUCAGGAGGUGUGAUUGAGCUUGGUGUAACUGAUUUGGUAUUGGAGGACCUCAGCCUCAUUCAGCGCAUUAAAGCUUUGUUCUUGGAUACUCCACACCCAAUUGGUUCUUAUAAAUCCAACCCUGUUGCUGGAAGUACAGGAAAUGACAAAGAUCGUGCUUGUCCAGCACUUGAUCCUCAGAUCCCUGACACCAAAUUAAGUCCACUUUUAGGCUGUGAACAACUAGAAAUAGCUUCUCCCGAUGACAGUUCGGAUGGCUUUGAGCCUAACCAACCAGCAGAAGAUUCAUUUGUGGUUGAAGGGAUAAAUGGUGGAGCUUCUCAAGUACAAAGUUGGCAAUUCAUGGAGGAGGAGUUCAGCAAUUGUGUCCACCAUUCCUUGAAUUCCAGUGACUGCAUAUCUCAAACCUUUGUGGAUCAUCGAAACUUUGUUCCUCUUUGUAAGGGGGAAAAUGAUAAUGACAAUGGUUUGCAAGAUGUUCAAGAGUGCAAUCAGACUAAACUGACCUCUUUAGAUAUUCGAAGUGAUGAUCUGCACUACCAAACGGUUCUCUCAGCCCUAUUAAAGUCCUCCCACCAGUUGAUUUUGGGGCCACACUUUCGAAACUCUAACCAGGAAUCCAGCUUUAUGAGGUGGAAGAAAAAUGGCUUGGUGCAGUCUCAGAAAGCAGGAGAUGAAACUGCUCAAAAGUUUUUGAAGAAGAUAUUGUUUGAAGUUCCUCAGAUGCAUGAUAAAGGGUUACUUGAAUCUCCUGAAGAUAAUGGCAUUAGAGAUGCAGCUUGGAGACCAGAAGCUGAUGAAAUUUGUGGAAACCAUGUGUUGUCAGAGAGAAGGCGGAGGGAAAAACUCAAUGAACGAUUUAUGAUUCUCAAAUCGCUGGUCCCUUCAGUUAGCAAGGCUGAUAAAGUUUCCAUACUAGAUGAUACGAUAGAAUACCUACAAGACCUUGAGAGAAGAGUUGAAGAGUUGGAAUCUUGCAGAGAGUUAACAGAUUUAGAGGCAAGAACGAAAAGAAAACCUCAGGAUCAUGUAGAGCGAACAUCUGAUAACUAUGGCAAUAGCAAAAUGACCUAUGGAAAGAAGCCAUCCUUAAAUAAAAGGAAAGCUUGUGAUAUUGAUGAAGCAGAGCUAGAGAUUGACUAUGUUGCAUCAAAAGAUGGUUCAACUGAUAAUAUAACUGUCAGUAUGAGCAACAAGGAUUUUCUAAUUGAGUUUAGGUGCCCUUGGAGGGAAGGGAUUUUGCUUGAGAUAAUGGAUGCACUAAGCAUUCUCAAUUUGGAUUGCCACUCAGUUCAGUCAUCUACCACUGAGGGGAUUCUCUCCCUGACUAUAGAAUCCAAGUACAAAGGAUCAACUGCUGCAUCAGCAGGGACAAUCAAGCAAGCAUUGCAAAGAGUUGCUCGGAAGUGUUGAAGCAUGUCUUCUCACCGGACAAACCAUAGAGUUAUUUGGUCUAGAUUUCCCUGCUUCGUUUGUAAAAUCCCGUCAUGGAAGGUUCUGUAGAUGACAGAUGCCACAAAGAAAAAGGUUUUUCCUCCCUGUAGGCUAGUAAAAUAAAGGGGAAUAAAACCUUUGUAAUUUUCUUCAAAAUCUGGCGCUUACAUGACAGACCUUGACCUAUGGCUUGUAAUAACAUCAAGAAAAGAAAAUGAAUAUUUGAGUUACAAGAGUUGCCUUAUAAUUUCUAA